ACACCGCCCCUCGGUUCCCUCCCGGGUCCGCCGUAGAAACGCUGCCCUCUCCCUUCUUGACCCCUGUCCCUGCUUUCCCUCCCUCCUUUUCUCCUGCCGCCGUCGCCUCAGGCGCCCGUGCUCCCUGCGGAGCUCCCGGCUCGGGGAUGGGGUCUCGGGCCUCCACGUUACUGCGGGACGAAGAGCUCGAGGAGAUCAAGAAGGAGACCGGCUUUUCCCACAGUCAGAUCACUCGCCUCUACAGCCGGUUCACCAGCCUGGACAAAGGAGAGAAUGGGACUCUCAGCCGGGAAGAUUUCCAGAGGAUUCCAGAACUUGCCAUCAACCCACUGGGGGAUCGGAUCAUCAAUGCCUUCUUUCCAGAGGGAGAGGACCAGGUAAACUUCCGUGGAUUCAUGAGAACGUUGGCACAUUUCCGACCCAUUGAGGAUAAUGAAAAGAGCAAAGAUGUGAAUGGACCAGAGCCACUCAACAGCCGGAGCAACAAACUGCACUUUGCUUUCCGAUUAUACGAUUUGGAUAAAGAUGACAAGAUUUCCCGUGAUGAGCUGUUACAGGUGCUGCGCAUGAUGGUUGGAGUGAAUAUCUCAGAUGAGCAGCUGGGCAGCAUCGCAGACAGGACCAUCCAGGAGGCUGAUCAGGAUGGAGACAGUGCCAUAUCUUUCACAGAAUUCGUUAAGGUUUUGGAGAAAGUGGAUGUAGAACAGAAAAUGAGCAUCCGAUUUCUUCACUAAAGGACAGAGACCAAAUUGUUCCUUGCUUUCUCGUAUUUAAGAACUGGAACCUAAGAGUCCUUCUGUCCACCAGCUCCCCCUAAGCCCCAUCAUUCCCCUUCCUAAAGUACUACUGCUGUUGCAUGACUACCCCAAAUACGUUCUGUUAACACAAACCUGCCUUUGGUGUAUAAACAGGGCAUUACACAACGGUACACCCAGUCUGUUUCUGUUCCGUAUCCGUACGUGGGUUCUCCACUUACAGCUGUCAUCUCCUCUUCUGCUGCUGAAUGCCACACAUCCAUCUGGUCUGCGAAAGUGAGAGGGAACCAUGCCAAGAACCAGCAGGCUGAGCUCUUUGCCUGAGUCUGGACUGUAGCCAUGCUGCCUUCCCUCCAGCGAGGCUCCAGCAUGCUCUGUCACCCUUUAUGUCUGUCCUUUGCUUCCUACUUCUCCCUCACACCCAACCUACUAUUCACUUAGUCUUUCUGUCUCCUGCUUUUUCUUGAGCCUCAAAUUCCCUCUGUUCUGCUUGGCACCCCAAGCUAUGCCUGUUGAUUAUAUUUCUGACUUGGCAGGAAUAGUUGGGAGGUCUGGCUGAGCUUUUCUCCCUUCUCUCUCAAAUCGGUCUCCAGGAUGCUGCCUUUUCAGGAGCUUUGCAGUAAUUAAUACUUCUCUAGAAGAGUGACCAUCUCUUGGUCCUCUGCACUCUGUUCCGUCAUCAAAGGGCUUCUGGGUGGAUGUGCCCGUCUUGAAAGGUGGCCUUGGUGAGAAGUGUGGAGCCAAGUAUUCCAGGUGAUCUGCCCCAGUCACCCUACCUCUGGCCUCUGAUUCUCCACUACAUGGCUGUCUAGCUAAUGCAGUGAUGACUAUUCAGAAAACAGCCUUAUGCCUGCAGGUUUGCUUGUUUUGGGAACAUUGUCACCACCAGAAUGGCUGCUCUGAACAAUAUAUGUGGGGACUUUCUCGUGGCUUUUUGAACAAGGAUGCUGGGCACCCUAUACAGCCUUCUGCAUUCAUACCAUUGCAGCAUGAUUUAUGCCUCAGUGUUACAUGCACUGGAAUGUUUUUCACUUCACAUUUCCAAGUAGAAAGAUUAGUGUUACGGAAGUGCCUAACUUAUCCCAGUCGAAAAGAUUUAAAGAUUGUCCUCAGCAUCUUGAAGUUUUGCACAAAAUUCUUUAUGAAGAAUUUUUUAUACUUGGCAAAUGUUAAUGCUGGAAGCCAUAGACAGCUCCUAACACAGGUCCAAAGCAUUGAAUGUAUUGUAUCAUUCAUUGCCUGGUUACAUUAGCUUCCUAGUUCCUCCUGUAGACCACUGCUAAUCCCUUAGAAAUAAGGGGACUGGCACCACUGGCACAGCCUAAGGUGGCAUUACAAGUCUUUGAGCAAGCCAGAGCAACUUCUCUGCCAAAGUCAGCUUAACCUAGACUUUGUUGAAUUAAUUGUUGCCAUCCUAAUGUCUGCCUGAAUGAGUCUGAUGACCUAUACAAGUAUAUCUGCCCUCAGCUGACUUUCUCUGAUCGCUUGCUUGCGUGCUUGCUUGUUUCCUUGCCUUGGAAGCCUAUCCAACAUGCGUACACAAUUCUUUAGGAAAGGUAUUGCUUAAAAAAAAAAAUCCCUGUGGAGGGAUGGGGAAGAGUAGGGAACAGAGGACUGGCCAGGCUGGAUGACUCAAGUCUAAAUGAUGAGGACUUCUUUAUGAAGUACCAGUCUGACUGUGAUCAAGUGGUGUAAUAUAGGAAUUGUAUAAAAGGGAAGAAAUAUUUGAUACUGAUGUGUUAAAGAGGUACUUCAGAGGCUCCUUGAUUUGCAUAUUUAAAUAAAGUUCCUAAGAUUAUGGCUUUUCCUCCCUUUUGGCUGAAUAGCAAACUGUUUUAAUCCACAGUUGUGCCUUAUUGUCCCAUUAAAAUUGUAUUCUUCAAUCCAUCAAUAAAUACUUGUGGUUAAAAAAACUUGAUUGAUUCUGUGUGUUUUACAAAAAUGUUAUGUAACUGAGACUCCUUCUAGUUUGAAAUCACAAAUGAUGUCUCCCUUACUCAGGUUUAUGUCUGUACUAUCAAAUGCAGAUCUAAUCGGCUGCCUGGACAUGCGAAGUGGAGGCAUUCAGGUAGGGUUGGUGCUGUUUUCCUCCAGGCAUAGUUUGUCAGCCUUGGCAUUUCUGAUUCAUUCCAGGUUCCUUAUCACAGGAAGAACAUUUCCCUUGACAUUUAGGUGCUUUUUAUUCAUCUGGAAAACAAGAUUCUGAACUCAGGAUUUGGCAAAUUCAUUUUAUUUAAGAGAGUUACACAGAGAAAGAGAGGCAGAGAGAGAGGUCGUCCAUCUGCUGGUUCACUCUCCAGUUGGCCACAAUGGCCGGAGCUGCACUGAUCCGAAGCCAGGAUCCAGGAGCUUCCUCCAGGUCUUCUCAUAUAUUUCUGUGUUGACUCCUAGAGUGGGUAGUCCUGCUUCCUUUAUCCAGUCACUUUCCUCAUUCUUGAAAUAUGGAUAUUCUUCUCUGCACAUUACCUCCAUGAUUUGGGAUGGAAAAGACUGCUUUUCUUUUGUUCCGCCUCUCAGAUUCAACAGAGAACCCCGUGGCAUGCAGCUGUCAGGCUGACUUCCCCAGAAAGAAAGAAGCCACUGAGAAGGAAUCUUCUGCUGCAGUUUUCCUAAUUAUAAAGAAAUUAUUUUACACACUGAAGGCUGAUGUUUAGUUUGAAGCAGGUGCUUAGGUAGGGGUACUUGUCAGUUCUCUACCUGUUGUUCCAAACAAGAAGACUAAAUAUAAGGAUCGGUGACUGCAGAGCUUGUCUUCCAGAGCAGCUACUACCGUGAGGAGCACAGUUAAGACCGCAGCAGUAAAUUCCAAAUCUGCAUUUGAAUUUGAAAUGAAAAGAGAUGCUAAAAGUGACAUAUUUAUAUAUUUGAAUCCUGGCUCAUCCUGUGACAUAGAUUUCCGGGAUAAGAUCAAAGGUCCAGUUUAGCUGUUAAAGAAGAGUGAGGACAGGAUUUCAAGGUUCAUUUUAUGUGUGAAUAAACCACCACAGUUUCUUUUCAAAUACACAUUUUUACAUGUGUAAAUCCACAUUUUUGGAUAAAAAGAGGGAUUUUUCUCCUAGAGAAGAAAGUUGUUGACUUCUUUCUCAGAAGUCUGAACGGUUGAGUUUUUACGAUGUGUUUUCAUUGUUCUAAGGAAUGACCAGAUUGUGCAGUGGCUAACCCUGUGAAUGAAUGCUUGGAUUUAGUUGCAAGGAUGCUGAAAGAAAGCAAAAGUUUUGUGUUCAGUAUGAAACCUAUUCACCUCUCUAGAUGGGAGGCUGCUGUGUUAUAAAUUACUUAAUUUUUUGUGGACUCUUAAUAGCACAUGAGACUCUUUUCUGUGUUGCUAUGGCUAGAAUAAAAAUGGCAUAAGUGGUUUUUCAGUUCGGAAGAUGUGAUGGACCUUAUAAUAUAACCUGCCUACAACUUUGGACAUAGAGGAAUGAAAAAAAAAAAAAAAGUAUCCAUAUAGUUCCUUUCUCCCAAGAAAAAGAAACAAAGAUAUCUUAUGUAGCACCACUGACAUUAUGGCAUUUUGUAUUCUACCCCACAUUUUAUAUAAAAGCAUAGAUGACUCUUUCUUCAACGAUGGGUACCUGGAUGUGUGAUUAGUUUUUCUGGGUGAUAAGGGUAAUGUUUGAAAAGACUGGGACUCGGGUGCCUUUCCCCAGUAGAAACUGAACUCAAAGAAAGGAUCUCAGAAGCAAUGUGCCCAAAUUUGUGGUUGGGUCAUUGUAGAUUCAGAAGAAAUUCAGGGUCUGAAAAAUCUCAAGAAAAAUAGUUUCAAUAAGAAAUAUGGAUCUUCCUUUUUUUCCCCCUUAGCAGUUAACAGCAGUUGAUGAACAGACUAAGGGAACGCAGUCCUUGCUUCCACACCAACAGAAGACCAUUGGAUGAGUUCUUCCAUCUGUACCUAAGAGUAAAUUCUUUGCUUAUGAGUCUUUGUGAGUAAAGAAGGAUAUUUGAAUUUUUAGAUGAAAUUAAGAACAGGUAGUGUUAAGUCCUCUCUGUUUUCUGAAAUGUUUGUCCAGGGCCUUGCAUGCUGUGAUGUUGGGAACUUGGGGCAGAUUUACUAAAAUUUGAAAGUAAUAGAAAUGGCCGAAACAGGAUUGGUUAAUCAAUCUGAAUUGGAAUAAGCUUUUUAGUAAACUAAAUAGUAUAGAUAAAUAUAAUUUAAUUGGGGUCAGUUCCUGAGUGGUAAAGCAUAGUAGAAAUAACUUUGGUAAAAGGUACUUAAGUAUUUCUCUUAAGAGACCUCCCAGCCAUUUCUUGAUGCUUUCCUUUUAGUACUUUAGUAUCAUUAAAGACGGAAUGGAGCCCACAUACACAGGUUCCACUGGUAUGUUGAGAAUAUUGGAUCUUGGAGAAUUUGUUUCUCCCAGUUGUCUGAUACCCAUCUUCCCGUGUCCUUUUCACACCUUUUCUGAGUAAGUACAUUUGGCAGUGAAACCAGUUCUGACCCACUGUUUGAACAGGUGUUAGACUCAGAUCACAGCUCAAAGAGCCACUGAUUAAUGUUCUCUUUCAAAUGUUACUGCAUCUUCCAUGGUUGAUACAAGUAGCACUUAAAAUGGGUAUAUUCCAGUUGUAGUUACCCAGUGCUUACCUAACACAUCUGGUUUUUUUUUUUUUUUUUUGGGGGGGGGAUGUCUAUUUUGCUCCUCUUGGUGGCAGAAGGUAUGUCAGGCAGGACUGUACCUCAGUCUGCAGCUGUGCCUCCUUUUUCUUUGCUCAUCCAUGUUAGCUGGCAUUUUUUCUUUUGAAAAGUUCAACAAAAGCGGGAUAUGUGCAAUAGAAAUAUAUAUAUGUAUAUUUUAAUACUUGUGGACAAAUGUUACAAGUUGUUUAAGAACAACAAAAUCACCAAUGUCUUCCAUUUUGAGAUGUGUAUAGUUUUGUAAGCAUUAGUGCUUGGUAGCAUAUUGUAGUGCCAUGUUAGGGGUUAGUGCAUGAGCCUAGUAAUAAUUUUAAACUUCAGGAUGAUUUAUUGAUAAUAACCAAUAGUGUAAAAAGAGUGGAAUAUCUAGACCUUUUUUCAUAAAUAUCAGAAUCUUUGAUACUCUCCCUGGGGAAAGGAGAUUAAGGCCAAAAAGACUCAUUUAUAAAUAGAAAUCGGGGUUUGCAACCUGAAAUAUUUUGAGGAUAUUUAAGUUUUUCAUGAGGUAGCUGGAGACCAGCUGCCUUUGUAUCCUUUGAAACCUCAGAUCAGAAUGAGACCCCGUUUCAUGAUUCUGCUUUGCUUAUUAGUUUGAGGUGAGCUUAUUCUUAACAUUGUCUUCACAUUGUAUGUUUUGAGUUCACUAUUUUCCCACUCCAUUUACAUCAAGAAGUUGUUUUACAUUUUGCAUGUCUUACUGAAAUGCUAUGUUAAUUGCUUCAGUGAGUGUUUUUCUAGUCUGCGGGCCAUUUACGUUUCCUGUCUGUAGCAUGUGUGUUAAUGGAAAACACUGUCAAUAGUUAGACUGUGCUAGAGUGUUACUGGCUCUUCCUUUUUCUAAAUCUGCUGAAUUGUGUAUUGACAGCUUUUGGACCUUUUCUUGAGAACUGGAAAUGUAGCCUACCUAGGUUUUCAUGCGAUAAGUGGACUGUUUCCCUUCGUUUUAAUAAGCCUCGGGCAGCUUCCACUUUUUACUUCCCAAAAUAAGUUGUUUUGUUCUGAAAGCACAGAUAGCUAGCUUUCCUGUAAAGCUACCUCAAAAAGCUGCCUUGCGAACUUGGAAGUGGCAGUUUUCUGGGGUGAUAUGUAAAUCUCAGUAUAACAGAGUCCAGGAUUUGUUGACGGAUAUUCUACAUGAGUAUGAUAGGAAAUGCAAAACUAUUUGAAUGUGGCAUAUCUUGUACAGAAGCAAGCUAGACAAGUAGACUGGCAGCAGAGCUCCAGAGACUUAGCUUUACAUUCAGUGCAUGGAUUUAAAGUAGUUGUACGCUUGGUUCCAGUAGUUUGGUGCCUGAGAGAAUUCAUUUUUGAAAAGCAUUUAAUUUUUUUAAAUACCUCUGAAAAAGUAAUGAAACAAAAGGUACAAAAUAGCACAGUAUAUAGGAAAGGAUAUUUCCUGUUGCAAAAAAAAUUUUAAAAGCCAUAAAAUGAACUCAUAGUUUUCAAGAGGUAGCAGUUUCGUAGCAAUACCAGUUGUGCAUGUGUAGUGAAUGGCAUCAGCAUGGCUGUGCAGUAGAGUGAGUGAGUGAGUAUUGCUUGAGUUUGUGGGGCUCUCUAAUCAAGAGAGUUACACAAAAGAAAAGAGAGAUUAUAGGUGAAGAUCAUAUAAAAGGUACUUUGUUUUAAAACAGUAUGAAUCUAUAUGAAUGUAUAAUUGUGUGAGAAAAACUUUUGUUUGAGGUUAAAGGCCAAUUUGUUUCCGCAAGCAGAGGGUUAGAGCCCUUGUAGUGAAACAUUUUCUAGUGCUUAGUUUGGAAACAAAUUUGCUUCUGCAAUCCCAGUGACUCCAACCUGUGAGAUUAUUAAAAUGUGCCAUUUAGCAACAGGCAUUUACUCUAUAGAACGGGUACUUUAAUGCUUUCUUACUUCCAUCUUUCUCCAAUGGCCUCCAGGUACAUUUUUAGAAAGGAAAAGUGUGGUGUACGUAUGUUUAGGAUUGAAAAAAGCAAACCUGGGAACAUGGAUCGGCUUUUCCUCAUGCUUAUGGUUAGAGAAGUUAGGAUGUAAAGGUGAAAAACAAAAAGGAAUAGCCAAAGACUCUCAACUGGUUUUUUAAAAGCCUUGUUUAAUGUAGAUGUGCUGAAGCCUGUGGUCUUCGACUACUUAUUCAACAAGAAGAAACUGGGAAACUAGUUUCUGGAUCUGCAGAAUCACACAGCUCACAUCAGGCCAUAAUAGUGGAACUAGAGUGACUUGACUUCCCUUUACCUCAUGUCCAUGUUGGCCAUCAGCACCUCAGAGAUCCCUGAAAAGACUGAAUCUGUGUCCCCUUGUUUUCCCAGGGGAAAAAACUAAAAGUGGUUUAGAUAGAAGAAUAUCAUGAAUAUUUAAUUCUUAAAUGGCCACUCCAGCAGACAGGGAAAAGUCUAUUUUAAGUUGAUUAUAGCUCCUCUUUAAAUGUCUUAUGCCAUCAGUUGGUGUUAGACGUUGGAACAACAAAGCAAUACUCACACAUUUGCAUGACCAUGGGAACACAACUACUUAUUACAGUGGUGGCAACAGUUGAGUUACUUGCAACAAUUAGGUUACCCUUGACAGCCAUGUUAAUAGUUCUAAAUGCUAAAAUACGCCACAAGUUUUUGUAGACUCAAAGCAUGUAAUUAUUUUUUUGAGAGUUGUGGUCUCAUGUUUACUUUUUAUGUACCUAUGAUAUGCAAAAUAUGAAGAGACCCCUGGCCUUCAGGAGUUUACAUUCUCAUGGUGCUGCUGGUGCAAGCAAAUUGCUUCUAGUUCAUUUAGAACAUUGCUUGGCUAUUCUACCACAUUUGGAAGGAUCCCCUGACCAACAUUUUAAAAAGCAGAGGGCUAUGCUAAAUUUCAGGGCACUGAUAUUUGCGUUUACAUUGUAUUGGCUCUGCUCUUCAUCAGCCCUUCCCCCCUCCCCUGUAAGCUGUGCAGGUACUGUUUAUUGCGAAUCAGACAAGAAACCAUUCUGCCCAAGGCACCUUCACCACCCCACCAGACCACCUGUAACUUAGCUGUCAAUGAAAGGCCAAGAAAACAUACUCUUUCCUAAGACUGUACAUCUCUUAGGUUUUUCAUUUCCCAGUUUUUACAUUAGUAUUUGCCCAGAAGGGCCAUGAUUUGCAUAUGAGCCUUUUAUCUCAACAGUGGUCCUAAUUUUAACCUUUUUUGGUGUGUGACUUGUACCUCUGUUCUGAAGUAGCAUUGUGGUAUAUGUGGAACACCUGCUUGAAUUCCUAAGCAAUUAUUUUAAUUCAAAAUUUCUGUUGGUACUUUGCAUGUAUCCUUGUUAUUUCCCAUAAUUCCUCUCAUGGGGUUUCUUUGCAUGUUUAUUAAAACUGGGUUUGGUUGAAAGUGCAAGCGAAUAAUAGCACUUUCAACUCCGAUUUUAAGAGUAUUAAUAUUCUAAUGCAUGAGUGAAAAUGUCCAAUACUACGUGGUUACUAGUAGUUUUAUAUAUGCAUUUAUUAAUAAUGAAGCAAUAGACCUGAAACAAUAGCUUGAACUUACUGUUUAGAUUAUUUUUCAUUUUCUAAUUAAAGAUUAUCUUACUUCCAUUGAAAAUAGGAAGUAGAAGAUAAACAGGGGCAACCACAAGACAUUCAAACUGUCAGAGCAUAAUAAUGCUCACCCUCUAACCUCUUUCCUGGUUCCAUUAGUCCCCAUGCAUGUUUAAAAAUAAAAGGCACAAAAUAAGCAUGUUGAAUGAAUACGCUGCUAUGGAUAUUACCAGAAAGGUGCAGAGUUUUAGGAAGGGAAGGAAAGUAGGGAAUGCUAGUAUGGCAUGUGUAAGAUAACUAGGUAUGAGGUUUGUGUGAUGCCAUUUCUGUAGACUGAGGUUCAGGGUCUCUUAAAACUAGUAGCUUGGAAGUGAUUCACUCUCAUGGUGUAUGCAGAUAUAUCCAGUGUUUCAGAAUUUUCAGUAAUGAGGCAACUGUUAUAUGGAAGGUUCUGGUACUGACCAGUUGUAAAAGAACCCUGGCACAAGGGAGACUAUUCCAUUUUAUAGAAAUAGUCCUGAAAUACUGACACAUCUAUGUUUUGGGUUCUCAUUAUUGUGUUUAUAUUUAAAUUUUUUUGUUAUUUUUAAUAGCCAGAGUGUCAUCUUUGAUAGUUUGGUUUUUUUUUUUUUUUUUUGCCACAAGUUUUGAUUCCAUGUAAACAAAGUUUUCCUACUUGAAAAAACAUGAAAAACCUGAUUUUACUUAAUGAAACAAGACAUUUAUUGUCAUAGAUUAAAAAUAGUGCUUGAUAAGAUUUUUGACUUUGAAAUAACCUAAGUGAGUGACUAUGACAAAUAAUAUAAAGUGAAAGGAGCCUUCGAGAAUUUGGGAUCAGACUAGAUGACUUUCAAUAGGCUCAUUCCAAGUUUCAUGUUCUGUCAUUGGAAAAACACUGCUUCAAAGUUAUUUUAACUUCAUAUUCUUUGCUGUGGGAUUUUUGUAACAAAUACCUUUGGGAAUAGAUUAAGUGGAAUGGUAACAGUGAUUUGGAGUGGAACUUGUCAUUGUGAUAUCUGGUUUCUCAAGUGUAAGAAGUGAGAUGUUGUCUCCUAUAUAUAAAUUUUCUCUCUGCCACUUAGUAAUAAUAUGUCUUCUAGCCAAUAGAGAUUUAAGGUCAGAGUUUAUAUAAACUGUUCCCAUUGUUCCACUGAAAGGCUUAUUAAAAUAAUUAUCAGAAAACCAAAUAUCACAGAUUUUUCCAGGGAUCCAUACUCCUAAACCUUUGAAGUCAGCAUGGGUACUUUAAGGUUAGUAACUAUUUACAGGUUUUGUCUCCCUUGGUGACGGAAUGGAAUGCCAUUGAUUAAAAUAUAUUCUCCCAAAGGUUAAAAAAAAAAGCUAUUCUGGCAAUACGUUGUAAUCAGUAGUUUGGGAACACACCUUAAAGCCACACAUUUCUUGAAUAUUAGCAUGUCCUUCAUAAUAUAGUUUAUUUACUGUCCAAUUACAGGGGUUGUUCACUAUGCUUGCUUCUUCUGCACAUUCUUCAUUGCACCACUGGUAGAUGCUAAAAGAAUUUCAUUAAGUAUGUUUGAAGUAUUACAAAGGCAGCUUGCUUUAUAAUCUAUGCAUCUUAGGGAUUUCUGAAGAAAUUUUAUUCGUUGAUGUAAAAAAGAAUUGUAAGAGUUGGAAACUCUGCACCUGUGUGUGUGUAUAUACUUCUUAGCAAUAAAGCAGCAUGGGCUGAGAAUGCACUGAAACUUCA